UUCUUAAAUUUUGAAGUAUCCUAUGUAGCAGGAGGUGGUUAAGAAAAAAAUAUGGCCGCAGUAGUGAGUUGUGGUGAUAGUCAGCGAAACUAAAUUAAAACUAAAACGAUGUAAAUAAAAAUUAAAGUGUUUAGUGUUGGGUAAAACAUCGGAGUAAAUCAAUGGGGACGUGUUUAAGUGUUGGUGACUAUGUGAAAAAGUGGGUGCUGUUUUGGAUGUAUGUUGUGUUUGGCGACCACCUGGCUCUGUCUGUGCUGUCAACCGGGCCUUAUCAUUCAAAAUAAGAUGGGCAUUGUUUAUUUUAUUCGGAUUUAUCAAAGGAGUGUCCCGUUGAAUUGACUUGACGAUCUCGACGGAUGCCUCCGUUGGUGGAGCACUACCACUUCCUGACGUCCAUGGAACCGCCCCGCAAUGGAGACAUGGUCAGCUCGGUUCAUGUGGGCGAGCGAACGCACCGUACCGCCAACCCCAUCAUCACACCGGCCCUAUGGACGGCCCUGUACGACUACGACGCGCAGGGCGAGGAUGAGCUCUCCCUUCGCAAAGGCCAGAUCGUCGAGGUCCUCUCCGAGGAUGCGAAGAUCUCAGGCGACGAGGGCUGGUGGACGGGAAAAAUUGGCGACAAAGUUGGCAUUUUCCCGUCGAAUUUCGUCGCUUACGAGGACCCCAUCAACCACGUCAACGUCAAUUCCAUCAUCGUGGACAUUCAUCCCAUCGAGAUCGAUUUCAACGAGCUGGAACUCGAGGAGGUGAUCGGUGUCGGUGGUUUCGGUAAAGUGUAUCGAGGCGUGUGGAGAGGACACGAGGUGGCGGUGAAGGCCGCCAGACAAGAUUCCGACGCCGAUAUUUCGGUCACGUUGGAAAAUGUCAUCAAAGAAGCGAAACUUUUCUGUUUGUUGAAACAUGAAAAUAUCGUGUCGUUGGAAGGUGUUUGUUUACAAGAACCAAAUUUGUGUUUAGUGCUUGAAUAUUGUCGUGGUGGUUCGCUAAAUAGAGUGUUGGCGGGGAGAAAGAUUAGACCGGAUGUUUUGGUCGAUUGGGCUAUACAAAUCGCGCGGGGGAUGGACUAUUUGCAUUGUGGGGCACCCAUUUCACUCAUACAUCGGGACCUGAAAAGCUCGAACGUUCUCCUUCGGGAAGCGAUCGAAAACGACGACCUCCAGUCAAAAACCCUCAAGAUAACGGACUUUGGUUUAGCACGCGAGGUGUACAAAACAACGCGGAUGUCGCAAGCGGGGACCUACGCUUGGAUGGCACCCGAAGUCAUCAAAAACUCCACAUUUUCGAGAGCGAGCGACGUAUGGAGUUAUGGAGUUGUCUUGUGGGAGUUGUUAACGGGCGAAACUCCAUACAAAGGUAUCGACACCCUGGCGGUGGCUUACGGCGUCGCUGUCAACAAACUCACCUUACCCAUACCCAGCACGUGUCCGCAACCUUGGAGGGAACUCAUGGAGAAAUGUUGGAAGUCCGAUCCGCACCUCCGGCCGAGUUUCGAGCAAAUCCUUUUCGAUUUAGAACUGAUUUUCAAUUCGUCGUUUACACAAACUCCACACGAAAGUUUUCAUAUAAUGCAAGAUGAUUGGCGUCAAGAGAUCGAAGAAGUCCUCUUGGAGCUUCGCAGGAAAGAGAAGGCAUGUAAAUCAUUUGAAGAGGAGUUGCGUUGCAGGGAAGAGGAUCUAAAUAGGGCGCAAAUGAAGCAAAGGAUGCACGAGGAACAACUCAGGCAGAAAGAACAGGAACUACAAGCGAGAGAAAUUGAUCUUUUAGAAAGGGAAUUGCAUUUUAUGAUUAAACAACAAACACCAACUCCGAUUAAACGGAAAGGGAAAUUCAAACGUUCGAGGCUAAAACUACUGAAAAAAGAACCCGGAUCGAACAUUAGCCUACCAUCGGAUUUUCGACACACAAUUACAGUACAACAUACACUCGACCACAAAGCUGUCAUUUCACCACAUAGUCCACCGGGAUCACCGGCUAUAACUCGAUUAAGGGCAAUAGCACUACCAGCCGACGGCGUAAAGGGGAAAACGUGGGGCCCUAGCACGUGCCACCAGCGCGAACGGGGCCAAAUAACGAUGCUCAGACCCGCCCCCAACAGGAGUGCGAUGUGGUCGAAAAGCGCCCCCAAUCUGGACAAGACGAGGACGCCGGUGUUGAGCCGACAGCCCCACGAUAUAGAUUUCAUUCCGCCUGAAGAUUGGGGCCCUGAGUAUCCCAUUCCAGGAACGAUCAGGCAUAACGUACCCAUUCCGACCCUGUACAGUGCUGACGGUCAACGGCUGAAACCAAAGUUAAGUAUUGUGGAAUUAGUUUUGUACAACAUCGCCGCCAUGUUGGCCGGAGUCGCUUCAGGCUACGACGUGCGAUUGUCUAAUGUGUCUCCACUGCAUCCAAGGCUGCAACCCAACAGACCGGAAAUCGUCGACCUGCCCGCGUGGCGACCCAUCGAGAACCAAGACUACGAAUACUCGACAACAUCCGGUUAUAGUCACAACACGUACCACGGCCCCACUCGCCACUACCGCCCCAUGUUGACCGGUUCCCAACUCAUCACCCUCCAACACGAAGAACAACGUCCUUUGCGCUUCACCGAUUCGCCCCAACACCACCCUCCCAACCCCUCUCCGCGCCGAAAAUCGAGCUCGACUAGCAACGACGGCUCCGAGCAUUACCCUCCCUACGACCGAACAGCCACCAUUUACGUUCCGGGGGAUUACCAAACUGAACCUUCGCAUUGUCCGGGUUGCUCCGGGCGUACCGAUCCGGGGUACCCCUACGGACACUACGCGGAUCAUUACGCAGGGUAUAGUUCCGAGUACAGUUGUAGUACCACGAUGUACGGUUACGGAACUGAUUACGCUUACGACAACCCUAGCAGUAUAAGUAGUCACAGCGGGUCGAGGACCCCCCAAAGACUACCCCAAGGACACCGGAGAACCCCUUCGAAUGUCUCCAACAGCUCGACGACGACGAGUGGCUCAAAUGUCAAUCCCAGUUUCAAGUUGGAGGAUGAGGGGAGUUACCUGCGACGGUACGACUACGACUACAGCGCCUACUCGCGGCAAAAUUCACAAGAGUCGAACUUCGAGCGGCCGACUACGCUGGAAACUUCUGGUUAUACUAAAUUGAGGUCGAGUUUGAAGAGGAAUAAUUAUCAGGCGACUCAGGGACAUUCGGGGGGGAACACCCCGACGAAUCCGACGCCGCCUGAUAGUCUCACGAGUGAUGACAGUUCGUAUGUUUCUGCGAAAGAUAGUAAUAGUUCGGUAAGUCGUGUUAGAUUUUCGCCGACGACGCUGAUCGAUUUGCCGGUUCCGGGGCAAAAUCAGGAUCCCACAGUGCCGUUGCAGGCUAGGAGGUCGAGGCAGAAGCAGCUAGAUAAGGAGUUUUGGUCAUAACCUUGCGUAUUUUGCGGGUAGACGCGAUGUGGCUUACGUAAUUUUCAGACUUGUUUAAGGGUUGAAAUCGGUUACAAUUUGAAAUUAUUGUUAGCAAUAUUGAGGUAUUAAUACUAGCCAAUAAAGUGAUUUGUGUGAUGUUGGAAGGGAAGGGGUUGCGAAAAUUUCGAGGCUUGUUCGCUAAAUUAUUGUUUUUUAUUCAUAUUACGAACAUUUUUUCUUUAAAAAUAUGUGACAAUUUUUAUUUCUUAUUUAAUGGUUUCAUCUUAAUUUUUUUCAAAACUCACAAAUGUUGUCAUUGCCACUUUACAUUUAUUUGACGUUACAAAAAAUUCAAUUCAAAGAGAAAAGUAAAUAUUGUAGUCAUACUUUUACAUAAACUAAAGGGUUUUCAAAACUUAUUUUAGGUGAAAUACCUUAAAUAAAAAUGUAAAAGUUUUAGAAUUUUUAAAUUUGUAAUUCCUAAUAUUUUUUCGUAAUGUUAAAGUUGAGUAGAAUUUCCAACAACUUCUAUUGCGCUAGAGCCGUUUUAGACAUAGACUUACAUAAUAAACAGAUUAAUAUAAAAGUCAUGUCCACGCUAAUAGAGUUCAUACAUAAUUUUAUUAUAUUCAAAAUCAAAUCACAAAUUUUAGCUCUCAUGUUGCAUAUCGUUGGUGUUUUAAGACAACUCCAGUUUUGAACCUGAGUUCCUCAAUAUGAAGACUUUACCAAUGAAGUUUUGAGCAGUCCACUUCCCUCCUACAAUAAUGUAUUCCUAGUCUAAUUUGUGUAUAUUUAUUAUAAUUUUAUAUUUAAUUCGGCAAAUGUUAACUUUGUACAAUGCGUAUUUUGGCUGUAAAAUUUUAUUGUAUUUGUAUUAUACGUAUGGUUGUUUACAAAAAGACUAACAGAUUUCACUUCUGUGUGGUCUGUUGGCCUUAAUUCAUGCUCAAAUCACUGAAUUUGAAUUAUCGGUGAAGACUCAUAAAAUUGAUAUAUCAACAUUUCACAAUCCAUAGUGCCUGAUUAUUAUGCAGCUUAGACGUACAAGUGAUAAAAACAUUAUUAGUCAUUUUGGUGCAAUUUAUUUUAAAUAUGAUGCAUGGUUUUUUGUGUAGAUGGAAACUCAUGUUGCUGCCUUAAAUAUUGAAUAGAAUGUAAAUUUAUCAUUUUAUCUGUAAUUUUAUACCCGGAAGGUGGUGGAAAUUAAACAGUUUUUUUCCAUUGUUUGACUUUUUGAAAAAGACUGGUUUUAAACAUUCCAAUGUAUAUCACAUUUUUGGCUCUGCUUAGUCAUAUGCCUGUUGAUAAUAAUUGUAAAUGAAAUGACCAAUUUUAUUAAUUUGUAUAAAUAUUAACAAGAUUUUUAUUAAUUAACGUACUCAGUUCUUAAUGUUAGUAAGGGAAGAAGUAUUAUAAUGUAUUAUAUUCGUGCGAAACUUCCUCGUAACGAUUGUCAUAUUUUUUCAGUUAAAGGGAAGCUUCACACUAUUCAAGUACAUGUGGCCAUUGUAUUUUUAACAAUUACGAGGUUCAGUAUUGGAUAAAAAUGUAUAUAAACUAUACAUAUUGUAGGUUUUAGCUGAUAACACGUGGCUUCCACAUUGUGAAAAUCAUGUUAUAUUUAUUAAAGAAAUGAAAAACCUUAUGUAUCAUACAUUCCAAAUUUCUUUUCAUAAGAAAUUAUUACUUAAUACUCAUUUGUGUGAAUUGUAAACGACUCAAAAUAGAAUUUAUAAAACUAAUGUCUUUUCUUGGAGCAAAGAUUAAUAAAACGACUA